AUGAAAAGUCUUGCAAAUGACAAAUCAAAGAAAAGAGGAAGUGGCUAUCAUUUACUGUUUGCUUAAUUGGAAGAGGAAAAUAUAAAGAUAUUUCACAAACUAUCAUCAAUAGUUGGUAAAAAUAAACCAUAAAUAAAUAACACUUUUAAAGAUUAAAUGAACUUGAAUGAUCCAUCAUAAAAAAUGCUAGCAUUAUCAAACUCAAUUCUAGGCGAUAAGAGAAUUGAAUAGUCUUUAGUAAUAACACAGGAUAAUGAUAUCAAUAAUACACAAGAUACCUCUCAAUCUUUAACAGGUGGAACAGUAACUAAAGGUCGAGCAACAUUUAGAACUGUCUCUUCACCAAGAAGAAAUAAUCAAAUACUUAAUCCAAUCAAUACAGAUCAUCUAAGUUCUAAGCAUACAAGAGCACCUACAACAUCUCAGCCUUCAGCCACUAAUAAUAUGUCGAAAUCGUUCAUGUCCACUCAAUCUGGAUUAGGCAAUAAUAAAGUAACAGCGGCUUCAGAUGAUCUUAAUGAAACCACAAGAAACCUACUCAUUAUGAGAAAGAACAAUGAGCGUAUUUCGAAACUUAAAACUAUUGAUAAUUAGAACUUCAAGAUGUUUUAAAAUUUGACUAGAAUCAAAUCUUCUCUAUCAAGGUAGAAAUUUGAAAGACAUGAAUAAACAUCUCAAAGCAUUAGAUAAAUGCUAGCAAGAGAUAACAACAGAUUAGAUCCUUUGCUUACGAUAGAAAAAAUCGGAUAAAAAUAAUUAGCAGGAGUAUCUUCUAAUAUAGAUAAAACGACUAGCUCUACAUCUUUUUCAAAUGACCCUAGGACUCGUCAAAAUCAAGAGGAACUUGGUAUUCGUGAUUCUAAUAAAAAUAUCAAUAGAAUUUUAAGAGGCAAUAGUUUAAAUCAGAAAGACAGCAAUUUACCACUGAACUAGUAGAUGAAUGCUACAUUCUCCAGUAUAAAUAAGGAUUCAUUCACUGUAUAAGCAGCUUCGCAUUCAACUGAGAGAUAGAAUAUUCAUCUGCCAGCAAAGUUUAUUCAAGCUUAAAAGCGUAAUAGUGCUUAAGUCUAUUACGAUUUUACAACAUCCAAUUACUUUGGUUAAAACUCUCAACUUCAGGAGAUUCAAGAAGAACGAAAAGAUUAUGAGGCGCAGCCUAACAAUAGCAUAGCAUCCAAGUAUAAUAAGAUCUAUAUGAGACAACCAAAUAAAACUCAGUUUUCGAACUAUAUCAAUAAUUUUAGCAAAGAAUUGAAGUUGAAUACAAAUAGACAUAGUAUUGAAGAGGGUACUGUAUCUAAACUUCUACCAUCCAUAAAAGAAAUUCACAGUCAUCAAGUAGCUAAGACCUCUCAUAGCAAAUAAACAGCCAGACAUACGCUAUUGCAGAAUUAUAGUUAUGAUAUGGAUAACUCUAUUAGUGGAGGUGGUGCUAAUUCAAAGAGAUCAUUCAAUAGUAUUCAGGUUAAAUAACCUAUUCUUGAUUUAUACAAGCCAAAUGUUAAUGGGAGAGAGAAAUAGUUCAAUAAGCUGAAACUUAACUAUAAAUAUAUACACAAUGAACAUAGUUCGACAGGCAGAGAACAUAAUGAGCAUUCAAAUCAAUUGUGA